AUGAGUACAGUAAAAGAUCUAAUGAAUUCAUUAGGUCCAGAAGAAAAAUUUAUAUCAUUUGAAUUUUUCCCACCAAAAACAGAUUCUGGUUUUAGAAAUUUAUUAGCAAGAUUAAAUCGGUUAUCAGCAUUUAAUCCAUUAUUUAUAACAGUUACAUGGGGAGCAGGAGGAUCAACAAGUGAAAAAUCAUUAGAUUUAGCUUCAACAUGUCAAAAAAAAAUUGGUAUAAAUACUGUAUUACAUUUAACUUGUACAAAUACAAAUAAAGAAGUUAUUGAUGAAGCUUUAAAAAGAGCAAAAAUUAAUGGGAUAAGGAAUAUUUUAGCGUUACGAGGUGAUCCUGCAAGAACUGAAGAAUAUUGGACACCAAAUUGUGAAUUUAAAAAUGCAAUAGAUUUAGUAAAAUAUAUUAGAAAAGAAUAUGGAAAUUAUUUUUGUAUUGGAGUUGCUGCUUAUCCGGAGGGACAUGUUGAUGGUUCUGAUAAUUCAAAUCAAAAUCCAAAAAAGGAUAUACCAUUUUUAAUUGAAAAAAUUAAAGCAGGAGCUGAUUUUAUAAUAACUCAAUUAUUUUUUGAUGUUGAUAAAUUUAUAAAUUUUGAAAAAUUAAUAAAACAACAACCAGAACUAAAAGAUAUUCCUUUAAUUCCUGGAUUAAUGCCAAUAACAACUCAUAAAGUAUUUACAAGAGCUACUAAAUUGUCUCAUGCAACUAUACCGAAUGAUAUAUAUGAACAAUUUGAAAAAAUAAAAAAUGAUGAUGAUGCUGUAAAAUCUUUAGGUGUUGAAUUAAUUUGUGAAAUUAUUGAUAAAAUUAAUAAAUUAACAAAUUUAAAAGGUUAUCAUUUUUAUACAUUAAAUUUAGAAAAAGCAGUUGCAUCAAUUGUAAAUGAAUCAAAAGUUUUACAUCCUAUUUUAGAUGGUCCAUCAACUAGAUUUGAAAAUGAAGAUGUAUUAGCAACUGAUUCUGAAGAUGAAGAUGAGGUGGAUAUUCCAAUUUCAAAUGGUAAUGGCAGUAAAAAAUCAAGAAGAAAAUCAUCAAUAAAUGAAAAUGUUGUUGGUAAAAAUGUAAAUAGUAAAUUAUUAUAUAGUGAUAAAAAGGCAUUAUAUGAAAUAAGUAGAGGUAAAGGAGCAUUAGGUAAAGAUGCAACAUGGGAUGAUUUUCCUAAUGGUAGAUUUGGUGAUUCAAAUUCUCCAGCUUAUGGAGAAAUAGAUGGUUAUGGACCAAAUUUAAAAAUUCAUAAUUCAAAUGAAGCAAUAAUAAAAUGGGGUUCACCAACUUCAAUUAGUGAUAUAAGUUUAAUUUUUAAAAAUUAUCUUUCUGGUAAAAUAGAUGUUAUACCAUGGGCUGAUAGUUCAUUAUCACCAGAAACUACAAUAAUUCAAGAACAAUUAUUUGAAUUAAAUGAUAAAGGUUGGUUUUCAAUAGCUUCUCAACCAGCAGUAAAUGGAUGUAAAUCAACAGAUAAUAUUUUUGGUUGGGGACCAUCAAAUGGUAUAAUUUAUCAAAAAUCAUUUAUUGAAUUAUUUUUACCUAAAACAGAAUGGGAACACCUACAAAAAAGAUUAGAUGAUAAUUUAAUAACUUAUUAUUCAGGUAAUUAUAAAAAUGAAAUUAAAUCCAAUUUAAAAAUAAAUGAAAAUCAUAAUUUUAAAUCAAAAAAUGCUGUAACUUGGGGAGUUUUCCCAUCAAAAGAAGUUAUUCAACCAACAGUUAUAGAUUAUGAAUCAUUUAAAGCAUGGAAUGAAGAAGCUUUCUUGUUAUGGUUAGAAUGGUCAAGAUGUUAUAAAAAACAACUGAAAAGUUUUAAAUUAUUAAAUUAUAUUUAUGAAAAUUAUAUUUUAAUAAGUUUAAUUCAUCAUGAAUUUCCUGAUGAAAAUGCAUUAUGGGAUUUGUUGUUGGAAUAG